CUUCCGGGGCGAUUGCCACAGCUUCCGGGGCGGGCCGCAGCAAACGGUGAUUGCGGUGGCCCGGCUUUUUCCGAUCCUGUGUUCCGAUGUUGCCAGCUGCAAUGAGCUUCCUCAAAAGUUUUCCGCCACCUGGGUCGACUGAGGGGCUCCGGCACCAGCAGCCAGAUACCGAGGCUGUGCUGAAUGGAAACGGCCUCGGCACUGGCACCCUUUACAUCUCUGAGAGCCGCCUGUCUUGGUUAGAUGGUUCCGGAUUAGGAUUCUCACUGGAAUACCCCACCAUUAGUUUACAUGCUGUGUCCAGGGACCUAAAUGCCUAUCCACGAGAACAUUUGUAUGUUAUGGUGAAUUCUAAAUUUGGAGAAGAAAUAAAAGACUCUCUUGAUGAAGAAGAAGAAGACAGUGAUGAUGAUGUUGAACCUAUUACUGAAUUUAGAUUUGUGCCUACUGAUAAAUCAGCGUUGGAGGCAAUGUUCACUGCAAUGUGUGAAUGCCAAGCCUUGCAUCCAGAUCCUGAGGAUGAAGACUCAGAUGAUUAUGAUGGAGAAGAGUACGAUGUGGAAGCUCAUGAACAAGGACAGGGGGAUAUCCCCACAUUUUACACCUAUGAAGAAGGAUUAUCCCAUUUAACAGCAGAAGGGCAGGCCACACUGGAGAGAUUAGAAGGAAUGCUUUCCCAGUCUGUGAGCAGCCAGUAUAACAUGGCUGGGGUACGGACAGAAGAUUCAGUAAGAGAUUAUGAAGAUGGCAUGGAAGUAGAUACUGCACCAACAGUUGCAGGACAGUUUGAGGACGCAGAUGUUGAUCACUGAAAAUGAUUUAUGUUGCUUUAAGAUUCUGCUCUUAAUUGUAGGAGAGAACUUGGUGCCUCUUUCCUCUGAAGAGGUUGAUGAAAGUCUUUUUCCUUCUCCAAAACUCACUUAAACCAGUUCUUCCUCAAGAUAAACUAUACUGAGACAGCAAGUUGUCACCAGCAGAAGAAACUAGGACCUUUAUUAACAAAGGUGAAUUAGCUUAACCAAGGGGGUAUUUAUAAUUUAUCAUUUACCCUCAAAUUUUGUGUCUAGCUACCCACUGACUAUGCCUGUAAUUUCUGCCUUUACUGUAUGCAUUGUUCAUACACUAGCAGGCCAGUGUGGUAAAAAUGUACAGGAAUUGGGCAGGAAAUAGACUAAACUUAAGAUGGGGGGGAGGGGUUGUAGGUCUUUGGGGCUUAAAGAAAUCCUUAUCCCUAAAAGAAAGGGCAGAGAUCUCAGAAGGAUCAAUCUCCUGUUUUUCUCCACAGAGGCAAGAGUCUCACUAUUUUGGGGCUGAGAUUAAUUCAGACCUCUCAAAGUGGUCUCUUGAGAAACAUCCCAGUUGCAAAUCCUACCACUGAUACAAGUGCUUCUGGGUAGCUUCUGCCCCUUCCAUCUUGUUUUUCCAGUCUGUUUUGUUAUAGCCUCUUAGGUUAUAGCCUUUAAUUUCUACCAUCUUAGGUUAGUUUUCUGUAACAGAACAAGUGAACUGGGAUGAGGUUCUUAAAGUAUUCCUGAUGAUAAUUGUUUUGUCUUUGUAACAGCUUAACAAAUAAAUUAGGUUUUUCUAUA